UCUUUUAACGGUUUUCUUAUUGUGCUCAAAUCCAUAUCCUUCGGUCACGGUCGCAAUAUUUCCUUUAUGUUUAAACGAACCCUCUUUUUACAUCUUCCUCAGUCUUUGUUAAACUAGUAUUUUUUGGCGCUUCUUAUUUCUCAUUCUGUGUCAGUUAUUGAACUUUUAUUUAAUUGUUUAUGUAUCGUUUUAUCAAUAAAAUUAUUUUAAACUAAUUUUGUAUUUUUAAUUAUUAAACGUAUAAACAUAAUUUUUAAUUCUUAUUUUUAAAAACCAUGUCAUUUAUUAAAAGUAAAAUUAAACGAUUUAAUGAAAUACCAAGUUGUGCUCCGCCACCUGGAACAUAUGAUCCGAGAAGCCCUGGCCCUAAAAGAAUAAAAGGUCAUAAGAUUAAUACUGCUGAAAGGUUUAAGAAACCUUCUGGAUUGCAACCUAAGUCAAUAACUGUCAAUACUACAUUUAAAAUUCCUUCGAAUUUCAGUUCACAAAGUUCGAUUUAUACUGAAUGUUCAAAAAAAUCAAAAAAAAGUUUGACUUCUAAAAAUAUGAUUAAAAAUGAAAUUGAAAAUCAAAACCAACCAGAAAAACCAAAUUUUGGAUUAAUUAAAUAUGAUAUAGAACAAGUAGAUUGUAAAACUGAAAGUUCCAAUAAUAAAUGUAAUAACUAUUUCCAAUUAUGCUAUAAGAUACAUGAACAAACUACACAAAAUCAAGUAUGCAAAGUUGUUAUAGAAAAUUCACAGGCUGCAUUGCAUGCUGUAUGUCAGCGUCUACGUGAUACGUGUGAUGAAAAUGAGAUUUUGCGUAAUGAAUCUGCUAAGUUAAGGGAAGAAAUAGGAGAUAUUAAGUGUUUUGAAAAAAUAGCUGCUGAACAGAUUGCCAUUGUUGAGGAAAAUUUGAUAGAUAAAGUCAAUAAUUACAUGAAUAUUGCCAAAAAUGUUAAAAAUAAUUGGUUGAAUAAGAUAAAAUUUAUAUUGACUGCUUUGGAUCAACUAGAAAAUAUGGUUGGUGAUGAAGUUAAACAACUAAUACAGAAACUUAAAAUUGAUAUUGAAUCAGAAAAGUAUGAUAAUAAAGAACUUGGUUAUACAGAUCUUUUAAAAAAAUAUGAUAUUUUAACUGAAAAAAAUAGUCAAUUAGAAGAAGAGUUAGAGAAAAAAGAUGAUUUAGAAAGAAAAAUUAUUGAAUUGACAAAUGAAAAAAAUGACUUGGUGGCUAAAUUACAAAAUAAUAAAUCUAGGCUUAAUAUACCGUGCAAAAAUAGAUUGGAUGCGUUAGCAACUCCUCGUCGUCGUGCUGAUAUUGAAAAUAUUGCACCUAAAAAUAAAACUUAUGUACUGAAAAGUAAUACUUUAAAAACAACUAAACCUGUUGCACAAUCAUCUCCUUUAAGAGAGAAAAAUUGGUAAUAAAUUCUAUUUAAUUACCAUUUAAAUUACAUUUUAUUUUGUUUGUACUUAUUUAUUCUUUUUUAUUAUAAGAUUAUGACAUUAUUUUUGUAGUAUUAUAAUAAAAAAAUUUUAUUUGUUUCACUAUUUACUAGUGAACUUGGCUUUUGUACUACUAUUAUCACUAGCAUCAAACAAUUUUCAUUUUUUA